AUGUCUCGGCUUGGUCAGAGUCAGAGGGUUCGAUGGAGAACGGAGCUUUUGCUUCGGCUGAAGGACAAGAACGCAUCGAAAGACGUCGUUCGGGGAACUGUGGCCCAGUUGAGGGACGAGGCUCUCCUGGGGAAUGCACGCGACUACACAGCCGCAAUUACCGCUUUGGGGAGACUUACACACUGGAACGAGGCUAUCUCUUUGUAUUCCGAGUAUGCGGCACGCCGGGCAGACAACUUCCAGGCAUCCCUUGCUGUGCAGCUGAUCGGCGAGGAAAAUAGAGGAAGUGAGGCGAUGCCCUUCCUGGAAGAAUGGCGGGCCGAACCAAAGCUGGCCAUGAACGCCUUGAAGCAACUGUCUUCCUGGCCAAUGGCUGUGGUACAGAUGAUUGAAAUGAUUAAGGCUGUUCGGGUACAGGUGGAUCAUUUUCAUUGUGGCGUUGCCAUUAAUGCAUGCCAGACACGAUGGCGGACGGCAAUGUAUGUGCUUUCACUCAUGCACAGCUGGACAGUGCGUUUGGCCAGUUCUAGCUUCAAUGCAUGUGCAGUGGCCAUUCGGAAGUCUCGUCACUGGAACUCCGCUCUUUGCUCGGCAUGGCUGACUGAUGACGCUCGCAGCUGCGGGGUGCAAUCAGAUGUGGUUGGCUUCAACAUUGGGCUGUCAUCCAAAACUUGGUCCAAAGGCAUUGCCCUUUUGGGCACCAUGCGCAUGCAGCAAGUGCGCUUGGAUGAGUUCGGUUCCUCUUCCCUGAUGGCUCAGGCUAGCUGGCGAGUUGCUUUGCAGUUCAGGGAAUCGGUGCGAGCUGCCCAGGUUCAGCAAAGUUUGGUCACGCAAAAUGCAGCGCUUCACGCUUGCAGUGAAAGUUGGCUGCGCGCAAUGCAGCUGCUGCAGAUCGCUCUAAAACACCAACAUCGGCUGAGUUGCACCUCUUUUGGCUCUGUCCUCAAGACCUGCGCAGCGGGAGCUUGGCCAGUGGCAUCCAGAUUGAUACAUGUGAUGACGCAGAGCGCCAUGCAGCCAAACCAGAUAUGUUUAACCUCCGCAAGCACCUUCAAGGAUCCAGCUGUGUGGCAAAGCGCCUUGCAAAUGAUCGAGUGCUUGGACGAGCCAGAGUGGGUCACCAGCCAGGCGCUAUGUGGAUGUUGGCAGGUUGCCCUUGAACUGGCCAAGUCGGAGAGCAUGCUUGUGGGUGUAUCCGCUUCCCUCUCGAGAGUGAGCUUGUGGAGCUUAUCCUUGCAGCUGCCGUUCUUCCGCUUUGAGCCCUCGGUCAUACACUGCAACACAGCCAUCGCAGCCCAUCAGGCAGCUCAUCAGUGGCAACUGUCUAUGCACGUUUUGAGUGGCUGCACCCGAUCCAAUGUGAGACCGGAUGAGACUAGCUUCAAUGGACCGCUUGGUACCGAUGGGCAGUGCUGGCAGCGCGGAAUGGUACUCCUUCAGCAGAUGGGACAGCUUCAGCUAGAAGCGGAUCGAGUGAGCUGGAACACGUUGCUGAGCACCAGUAAGAACACCUGGACAGCGGCCGUGAAACUCUUAGGCCAUAUGCCAAUUUCAUCCCUGCAAGCCGACCUGUUCAGCGUGUCCAGUUGCCUCCAAAACCUUCGAUGGGAGAUGGCAUUUGGGCUCACUCCACUGGUUACCCUGGAUUUGCUGAGCUGCAACCUGCUACUUGGCACCGUGAACGCCGUGAACGCCAACCGGGAUGCCUGGCCGACCUGGCCACUGUCCCUGCGUGUGUUGAGGGAUAUGGCGCUUUGGCAGGUGCAGGCUGAUGGCGUGAGCUACUUAUCUUCCAUCCAGGCCUGCAGCACAUCCGGACUUUGGGAAGUGGCAUCGAGCUUGUUGUGCGAGAUGGAGUUGCGAAGGCUGUCCUCGCACAUUGCCCGCAGUGCAGUGAUUGGAGCUUGUGCGGAGGCGGGUCAGUGGCAAUUUGCCCUUCUUCUGUUGAGAACUAUGGAGACUUCAAAGGUGGCCGACCCUGUGAGCUACAGCGAGUGCAUCGAUGCAUGUGCGAAGGCUGAAAGGCAGCGCAGCGCGCACAGGGCAGAAGAAAGCGGAGCUCGCAAUGGCAUCCAAUGA